GUUUACAUAUAGACUCUAAAUCGCUUUCUAUCGUUGCAGCCAUGUACAUGGUACUGAUAUGGUCAGCCAUCAGACUUCAAAUGCUUACCGUCAAACCGCCCCAAUGCAGUGCAUUUCUGCUGCCAACCAGAGUCUGUACUAAGUGGAGAUUGAUCCCGUUCAUUUCCAAGAACCAGAGAGACGCGUGCCGACGAUGCAGUACCCCCAAGCAUACGUUGUGAUUUUGGCGAAAGGUGUGCUUGAGCUAGCGGGAAAAUUUUCAGGCCCCAUUCGUGCUUCGGGUUGGCCAGCCGCGGCUGCCAUGUUUGGAUAGAGCAGUGAUCAGCAGGUCGUCGUGGUCAUCAAG